ACGGUUCUUUUAGACUCAAAAUUUGAUGAAUUGCGUAAAUUUACCCAUCAUUUCCCGUGCUACUCAUAAUUCUGUAAGUCUUCAUAUUAAAUUUUAGUCUUUAUCCGUCAGUUGUCUUAAUCGGUUCGCUGGAUAUUUUUCUUUCGUUUCCAACCCCCUUUUUUUGUGUGUGCUCUGUGAUCAACAAAAUUAUGUCUGGAGAAAACAUUUUCAAUUUCGAGACCAUGCAGGUCGUUCUAAAAUAUAUAGAACGAGGAGUGACGGAUAUUUCAACAUUUUUGAAUUUAAAACGGCAAGAGAUAGAAGAGGCUCAAAGAUGUUCUUUCGGAAGUGGUCAACGGGGGUAAGCAUUGCGUAAGAGAAUUACUCAGAUAGGUUAUUAAUUCCCCCCCCCCCCUUUCUCUUUAGGGUUCAAAUCAUUAUGUCUGAGUGGGCAGACGCUGCAAUAAGGAGCGAUGCUGGAAUGUGGCCCUUGGACACAGCGUCUUUUUACGUUAGGGAUGCGCCAUACGAUAACGCAGUUUGGCACCAAGAGUACAGAUGGGAUUGGGAGAUGGAAAGAUACGAAAUGCGAAAGUAUUGGGCCCCAGAGAACUUCGAAUUUCCUGCGAAUACCGAAGUUCCAUCUGAUGAAACAAUGGAGGAGAUAGUUGGUGUGCUCGGGGUGAACACAGGCUACCUCCCGCUGUCAUGUCUUCCCAGCGUUCCCCCAAGGAAGGGGUAUCGUCCGAGAAGUCCAGCCCUUGCCUUGGUAUAUUUACAAAAAUAUAAACUGGAGUGGGAAGAACCAAUAUCAAUCUAUCAAGGGUGGAACAUUAGAAGAAAUUUUCGCAAUCGGCAGCUACGUCCUUCGACUCAACCUUGAUGAUUAAGCACGGUGGAUCUUAUGCAGCUAUCAAGUGGCGCUCAACUAUCUAUCAACUAUCUCAUUACUGCUGCAUGCAAGUUGUUAAUUAUUAUUAAUACACAGAGAAAACAUGGUGUUAUUUUUGUUGCAGCUAAAUUUUUUUUUUUUUUUUUGGAGGGUAAUUUAUAUAAGGGUAAAUUUUGUAUUUUACCUUGUUUGGUAUAAUUAUAAUUGACAUAAACAAACAUUACAAAUUUUUAUAUAAAACGUCAACUUCAAACAUUAACCUUUCCAACAACAAAAAUUUAAAAAUUAUAUAAAAGUUUCGUGAUAAAAAUUUAAAUGCAAAAAUAAUUUUCUAUAUAUCGACGUUUUCGUUUAAAUGCAAAAAUAUUUUUCGAUAUAUUGACGAAAGU